AAAAGUAGCGGCACAGUUACUGAUGGUUCCAGUAAAGGAUUGACUAUUGGAAAGCGUGUCUCGGAGAGAGACGGCAAACGAGAAAGGAGAACAAACGAGAAAAAGAAACGGAAAGAGGAAAGACAAGGAGAGAAUAAGAAUGCUGAUGAUUUUCGUUUUGUUCCGCUUAGCUUGAAGUGUCACUAAGUUUUGUGAAAUAGUGCAAUACCAUGGAUAAGAAUACGAAUGACAUGAAGGAAAAUCCCAGGGAGACCGCGAACAUCUUUAGUAUUCUGUUCUUCUGGUGGAUGCGAGAAUUAUUUAUGACAGGAGCCAAACGAGAUUUGGAAGAAUCUGACAUUUAUCGACCAGUGAAAGCAGAUGAAUCCGAGAAAUUGACCGAUCAUCUCGAAAAAUACUGGAAUUGCGAGUUAGAUAAACUGAAAAACCUGGAAUACACCGUGGGCAAAGACGGGCAGAAAGUGCCGUUGAAAAGGAACGCCCGUCCGAGAUUAUAUAAGGCGAUCUUCAACGCUUUUUGGUUGCCAUAUUUCAUAAUUGGAAUCUAUCAAUUUAUCCAAUGCAGCAUAGUACGCGUAGCAGUGCCGAUCUUCCAAGGUUGGAUCAUCGACUACUUCGCUAGAGAUUCGACUGGAAGGAACAAGAUAGAACUGAACGACGUGUUGAUCUAUGUUGCCUGCUUGAUACUUUGUACAAUCAUCUCCGUUCUGAUAAUGCAUCAAUCGAUGCUGCUGUCGCUGCAGUUCGGCAUGAGAAUACGUAUCGCUUGUAGCUCUCUUCUCUACCGAAAGUUAUUACGACUGAACAGAGCAUCCAUGAAUCAAACUGGUACUGGACAGAUCAUGAAUCUUCUUAGCAAUGACGUUACUCGCUUUGAUCAAUCAACAACGUUCCUAAAUUACAUAUGGAUCAUGCCUUUUCAGAUCAUUAUCGUGGGUUAUAUAAUGUGGCAAAAAAUCGGUUUUUCCACACUUGUUGGCAUCGGAUCGCUAUUGAUCACCGCUCUGAUAGUACAAGGAUCCUUCAGCAUACUCAGCCGUAAACUCAGAGCCAUGAUCGCGCCACUGACCGAUCGAAGGGUGCAAUUAAUGAGUGAACUCGUAGCUGGGAUACAGGUGGUGAAAAUGUACGCCUGGGAGAAACCGUUCAGCAAGAUCGUCUCUGUGACCAGAGAGCUCGAGAUCAAUAAAAUUAAAUUAUCGUCAUAUGUUCGUGCUGCGUAUUUGGCCAUUAUAGUUUUCACUGAGCGAUUAAGCCUCUACUUCACUUUAAUCACGUUUGUCCUAACCGGGAAUAACCUGACUGCUGACGUGACUUACGAAAUGGCCACAUUCUUCAACAUGCUUCAACUCACCGCAGCGUUGUAUUUUCCACAAGCGCUGAUAAUGAUGGGUGAAACAAUGGUGUCUAUGAAUCGAUUAGAGGAUCUUCUGCUGAUGGAAGAAGUAAAUGUGGGACAUUCGAACAAAGAUUCACAGAUACAGUCUCAGAAAUCAAACGAUGCUACUAAUCCAGAAAACCAAACGGAUAAGUACACCUCGAAAAAUGGGAGUAUCAGACUUUCCGAGCUGCAAGGGCUGUCUGAUCUUCCGGUCUGCGUCAAGUUUCAACGCGUUUCGGCCAAUUGGAUCAGCGGCAAAUUGCCACCGACUUUAUGCAAUAUCAAUUUGAUUAUCAAGCCGGGCCAGUUGUGCGCUGUGGUCGGCGCAGUGGGUUCUGGCAAAUCAUCUAUAUUACAUCUAUUGCUGAAGGAGCUGAAUCCCGGCGCAGGUUCUAUAACACUCAUUCAAGACUCCUCGAAGAAUAUUGAGAGCAAUUUGUCCAACGGUUACUUUUCGAGCAAUCCGAAUCUGCGCAUCUCCUACUCUAGCCAGGAACCAUGGCUCUUCGGCAGUACUGUAAGAGACAAUAUAUUGUUUGGUCAACCCUAUGACAAAGCUAGAUAUACUCAGGUGACAAAUGUGUGCGCCUUGACGAAGGAUUUUCGACAGUUUCCACAGGGAGACAUGACCAUGGUCGGCGACAGAGGUGUAUCCUUGUCCGGAGGUCAAAGGGCGCGUAUCAAUCUCGCGAGGGCAGUUUACAGGCAAGCAGAUCUUUAUCUGCUCGAUGAUCCUUUGAGUGCCGUAGACACUCGCGUCGCUAAACAUCUUUACUCGAAAUGCAUUACAGAUUAUCUUCAUGGCAAGACGAGGAUACUCGUCACCCAUCAGUUGCAAUUUCUUAAACGUGCGGAUCACAUUGUGGUACUGGAUAGAGGUUUUGUGAAAAUGCAAGGAAGUUAUAAUGAAUUAGUACAGUCAAAUAAUGACUUCAUUGAGAUGAUGAACAAUUUAAAUCAUGAAGCGCAGAAAAAAGAAGAAGAAAUUAGGAGAGCCUCGGAAAUGUCAAUAAGAAAAAUUUCGCUAAUGAGACGUGCCUCAUGUUUAUCAACCGCAAGUUCGACCAUUCAUUCGGACAUCGAUGAUUCAGAUUACGUAGAAAAUAUUCCAGAAGGCGAGAUAAUGGCACGCGGGCGGAUAUCUGGCAGGGUGUACAAGAAAUAUUUUCAUAACGGCGGGAAUUCCUUCAUUUUGUUAAUGUUGUUGAUAUUUUUCGUUAUCAGCCAGAUCGCUACUACUGGAAAUGAUUACUGGCUCUCGUACUGGACUAACUUAGAGGAUAUCAGGCGUAUCAAUAAUGCUAGUGAAGCCAAACGGUACGCGAAUAUGUAUAACGACAACUUUCUGAGAUCGAUCUUCACUCUGAAUCCAGACGGUCUGCUCAGCACCGUGGAUGCUAUAUACGUAUACACAUUUUGCAUCAUCGCCUGCACAGUCACUACGCUCUUCCGCAGCUUCCUCUACAUGAAGAUCUGCAUGAAUUCAAGCUGUAAUCUCCACAAUAUCAUGUUCUCCAAUCUGCUACAGGCACGCAUGUCCUUUUUCAACACCAAUCCUUCCGGAAGAAUUUUAAAUAGAUUUUCCAAGGAUAUGGGUACCAUGGACGAAAUACUGCCCAAAGUAAUGUUAGAGUCACUUCAAGUGAUGUGUGUAGUAUGCGGUAUAAUGACCAUGGAGGCAAUACUUAAUCCGUGGAUGCUGAUAAUAAUAAUAGUAUUGAUUGUUUUAUUUUUCUUCUCAACAAAGUUCUAUCUGAGCACCGCUCAGAACGUCAAACGUCUCGAAGGCGUAAUGAAAAGCCCGAUAUUCUCGCAUGUGAAUGCCACGCUAAACGGCCUGCCAACGAUUAGAAGUAGCGGUACCGCAAUUGAAAAGAUGAUGCGACAACAGUUUGAUGUGUUGCAAGAUCGCCAUAGUGGCACGUGGUAUCUUUCCUUGACAUGCUCUUCCACCUUCGGUAUAUUUACGGACCUCAUCAUGUGCCUGUUCAUCGUCAUUCUUUGCUACUCCCUAGUAUUACUGAAUGAGUCUGGUAACAUAGAAGAUAGUAAAGCAGGUCUGGCGAUAUCGCAGUCAUUGAUUCUGAUCGGUUGUCUGCAAUACGGCAUAAAACAAUCCACUGAGACGAUGUCGCUGAUGACCUCCGUAGAAAGAAUUCUUCAGUACACAAAUCUCCCUAAGGAGGAGCCCGUUACUUCUGACAAUCCGCCACCGGCCACUUGGCCUUCUAUAGGACAAUUGAGCUUGAAGAAUGUCAGUAUGAAGUAUCAUAAGGAUGAUCCACCGGUUUUAAAGAAUCUGAACGUAACCAUUGAACCUGGCUGGAAAGUUGGAGUGGUGGGACGAACUGGAGCCGGCAAGUCUUCCUUAAUCUCAGCGCUUUUUCGAUUAUUUAAUGAAGGACUGGAGGGCGAGAUUAAGAUCGACGGUAGGGACACGAGUACAGUGGGUCUGAGCGAGCUGCGCUGCAAGAUCUCCAUCAUACCGCAGGAACCGGUGCUCUUCUCUGAGAGUUUGCGCUACAAUCUAGACCCUUUUAGUCAGUACGAUGACAUGAAACUGUGGGAGGUACUGCGACAAGUCGAAUUAAAUGACGUCGCGUUGGAUAACGAUAUCUUCUACGGCGGCCAUAACUUUAGCGUCGGCCAGAGGCAGCUUAUAUGCUUGGCCAGGGCCAUUUUAAGGAACAAUCGCUUGCUCGUUCUUGACGAGGCCACGGCCAACAUUGAUUCGCACACUGAUUCCUUAAUUCAAGAAACAAUAAGAAGAAAUUUUAAAGAAUGUACCGUCAUCACUAUAGCACAUCGUUUAAAUACCAUAAUAGACAGUAAUCGGAUUAUUGUGAUGGAGAACGGUUCCAUUGUGGAAUUUGGUUGUCCGUAUGAGUUAUUGCAUGACAAACCGAAUGGUUACUUCUCACAAAUGGUGGAGAAGACAGGCAAUCAAAUGGCGCUAAGUCUUUUCGAGCAGGCAAAGAAGGCUUGUCAAAAGAAUAACGAUCAACGUGAAUUAAACUCUUCAGCACAAAAUACGAAGAGUGAGAUUGACUACACAGUAACAGAACAGUCCACUUUAUAGAUUUUUUCUUAUACCAAAAGAUAUGUGUAAAUUAAAAAAUAGGUGUACAUGAUAAGAUGUGCUUCCCACAUAGAAAUUGUCAUCCAGUGAAUGUUCAGUGGACGUCCAUUAAACCUCCCUAAAUUCAUGAGACGUAUCUGUCCAUGAUGGAAGUCAGUUAGAAGUCCAUCAGAGAUCCAAUAAACCUCCAUGUCUCCAUUGGAUGUUUAUUUCCAUGACGGAAGUUAAAUAGGCGUCCAUUAAAAAUCCAUUAAGCUUUCACGGCUCUAUGAGAUAUUUAGUUUCAUAAUAGAAGUUAGAUGGACGUCUACAAGAGAUCCACUAAACUUCCACAGCUUUAUGAAAUAUUUACUUCUGUGGUAGUAGUCAGAUAGAUAAUCCAUCUUUCCUCCAUAAUAGAUCUAUGUCAAAUAUCCUGAAAGAUAUCUAUCAGACGUUACGCGGAUUAUUAAUAGAGGCCUCAUGGAGCCCCGAUGGACGACUAAUUGAUAUUUUGUGGACGAUUAGUAGAGGAUUCACGAAGCCUCGAUAAACGACCGACCAACGUUUCGUGGAAUCGAGGCUCCUCUAUUAAUAAUCCACAAAACGUCUGUCAAUCAUUCACCGAGGCUUCAUAAAACCUUCACUACCCACCGCUACGUGGCGUGUUUUUUGUGAAUAAAAUACAUUUUCUAGGUGAAUAAAAGAGACUCGUUAAGAGCGCAGAAGGAAGUAAAAUUUUGCUAUAUAGUACAAGACUGAACUAUAUCAGUCUGUAAAAAAAUUGAUAAAAAUGAGAAGGACAAAAUAAAGUCUUUCAUUAUUUAAGAAAAAUAGUAUAUUUAAAGAAAUAUUUAUAAGAAAUAU